AUGGACUACCCAACGUCGCUUGUGACACCAGCAUCAAUCCAUACGUUCUUGACCGGACUGCUGUUGUUGUUGGAGUCUCUUGACAAGCGGGAGCUAUUCCGUUCCGAUGGAGACCGUAAACUACCUCCGGAGGAGACUGUCGGCCUCUUCGGUAAACGGCUACUUUGGCAUCUUAAUGGCUUAUUCAAGGAGGGUUAUCGCAAGAUCCUCAAACCAACAGACUUGUACAGCAUGGAUGCAGACCUUGCUUCUAAGGAACGAGUCGUGACCUUCCAGCAAACUUGGGCAGCCCAGGAUAAGUCGAAAGGCAGACCUUUGCUGCGGACCAUCAUCAAGGUUCUCUGGCCGGAGUUGCUUCUUCCUGUCCUCCCACGUAUCAUCCAACUGGCGACCACGCUGAGUCAACCAUAUCUGAUCACAGCCAUGAUCGCUUUCGUUGGAGAUCGCAAAGACCCUGCAUCUCUCAACAAAGGCUACGGACUUAUAGCGGCUUUUGCUCUGAACUAUGCUCUUCUAGCCAUCGCAUUGGGCUGGUCUGCCCAGGGUAUGGCACGGUUCCUUACCAAGCUUCGAGCCUGCCUUAUCUCCACACUCUACGAGCAGACGCUACAUACCUGCUCUAAAGACGUGGAUUUAGGCACAGCAACGGUACUGAUGAAUGUCGACGUGGACAAGUUACUCCAGGGUUGCAAGUACAUGAACGAAGUCUGGGCUGCAUCUGUUGUGACUGGUGUAGCUCUGUACAUCAUGUACACUCAUCUGGGUGCCGCGUUCGUCGCUCCUUUCGUCGCGGUCCUGGUUUGCUCUGCCGUUACCACUUGGCUUUGCGCCGCAAUGAAAGCCCGCCACAGGGUGUACGCAGCUGCAACGGAGCGGCGCAUCACAGCUAUCGCGUACGUCGUAGGCAACAUGAAAGGCGUGCGCAUGCUCGGACUGUCCGAGACUGUCUUUCAGAUGCUGACUAAACUGCGUCAUGUCGAAGUCGAUGCAAACGUCUUCGUCCGAAAACUCAUCAUUUGGGUCACACUACUCUCCAAUGUUUUGUUUCAACUUACCACCGUUUCGACAUACGUUACAUUCGCGGUCAUCACGCUAACGAAAGGUGAUGGAGCGAAUCUAGAUCUGAACAAACUAUACGGAUCCCUAUCUGCCCUGAAAUUGUUCACGACGCCGUUCACGAUGGUACUUCAGUUGCUUCCAAGUAUGCAAAUCGCAUACGCCUCUCUUCAGCGCAUCGAGAAAUUCCUCUUGGGCAAAGCUGUUUCAAUAGAACAAUCGUGUGAGUCUGUUCGAAGCCCAAGUAGUGAAGGUAUUGAACUACUUCCAAUCGAAGCCAGCCGUAACAGACACCGCGUGAUUUCGUUGGAAAACGCAACUUUCGCAAUCGACAGCCAGUCCCUGCUAUUUGAAAUAAGCACCAACUUUGCCGCAAACACGUUCACCAUGAUCAUCGGCAAAGUUGGUUCAGGGAAAUCGAUUUUGUUACGCUCGCUUGUGGGUGAGACAGAUCUGACAAGCGGCCACUUCAAGCACUCGUCGUCAGGCAGUGCAUUCUGCGACCAGCAAGUCUGGCUCCGCAAUGCCACUGUACGAGACAACAUAGUUGGGGAAGAUAUGUUCGAUGAAUCAUGGUACCAGAAAGUUCUCUGGAGCUGCGGCCUUCUCCAAGACCUACAAGGAAUGAAGCGAGGGGACAGUACCGCGAUUGGUUCGAAAGGCAUAUCUCUAUCCGGUGGUCAGAAGAACCGGUUGUCCUUAGCACGCGCUCUUUAUGCGAGGAAGCCGGUACUUGUCCUCGAUGACAUGCUUGCAGGACUAGACAACACAACUGAGAAGCUCGUGUUCAACCGUGUCUUCAGUCGUAGCGGUAUCUUGCGCAAGUCAGGAGCUACGGUGAUUUUGGCUACCCAUGCUACGCACUAUGCUCGGCACGCAGAUCAGAUCAUUGUUAUCGCUGAUGGACGAAUCAGUGAACAAGGAACAUACCUAGAAUUGGUCAAGAGGAACAUCGACUUCCGCAAAUUCAACGAUGGCGAGAUCCCUAAUGUAACCGACAGUGACGAAGAGUCUGACUCCGUCUCUGCAGACAAAACUCUUUUGGUGCCAAGCAAAGCCAUCACCGAAGAGGAGGAGGAAGAUGCUGCGCGACAAUCCGGAGACAGACGCAGUUUCAUUUUUUUUCUGAAAUCUAUUGGUCCGCUACAUUUGACCAUUAGCUGCGUUACGCUUGUCGGGGGUAUCGUGAUGACGCAGAUUCAGUACUUCUGGCUGAAGUGGUGGGCAGAAGCGGAUGAUCAGACUAGAUCCGGAACCAUCCGCCAACUCUACCUCUUCAUCAUUAUUACCGCUAUCAACAUCUUGGCGUACUUGGCUUAUUUCGCCCAUUAUGCGCUAUGGCUUCAACCUCGGUUGAGCUUGAAUAUGCAUGCCAGCCAGCUUGUCGCUCUGAUGCGCGCGAAAUUUUCGUAUUUGGUGUCGACGGUAAGUCUAAACAAGGCUCAUAGUCCAUAUAGUGACCAAGUCUCCCUGUUCUUCUGA